CCGUGUGCGCGAGCGACGACUCCCUCCGGCGACUCGCUCCAGUUUCCUCUGGCUUCAGCGACAGGGGAGCGGGGACGACGGCCUCUCUCCGGCGACCUCCCUCCGCCGCCAAAUCCACAUCCAGGCCAGCUUCCAUUCUUCUCCCUGCAUUGUGCAGUCCACUCUGAGAACGAACGAGUCAAACUCGACUACUCGUGUUGUUUGGAGUAGUUUAUUGCUAGUACUGGUUAGUACUGUCCAUCUACUGCGAUUAUAAUGGAUAGAUGAUGAAUUAUUGCGUGGGCCCCCACAACUAAUGGACGUGGCCAUAAAACGCGCUCGAUUUCUGUGCCCGCACGUUUCGUCCUCCUCCAAUUUUCACAACCAGUUCGAACGGUUUCAAUUUCCUCGUGUUUUCCUGCCUCCUCCUCCUCCUCCUCGUCCUCUUCUCCCCCCAUUUCCCUUGAGGGCGCAGCAGAUCUGCGGCGAGGAACGACGAGGAUGGUGAAGGUGAACUGGGAGCUGCAGGGAUGCUGCGACCGCGACCAGAAGAUCUUCAUAGCCGCCGUCGGCGUCUCCACCGUCGUCAUCCUCCUCGUGAGCACACCCUCCCUAGCUCCGUCCUUCUCCCUGCUUUGCUUGGUUUGGUUGUGUUGUGUUGCUUCUGAAUCGGGUUCGUUGUGUGUGGGGGGUUUGGGUUUUUGCUCUGCCUUUGGAUUGCAGCUGUGGAGGACGUUCCUGCUCACGCCCUUCAAACUCAUCACCGUCUUCCUCCACGAGACCAGCCACGCCCUCGCCUGCAAGCUCACCUGCGGAGAUGUAAGUUGAGGGCAUGCAGGUCCAUCCUAAUGAGGGCGGUGUUACUCAAACUCGGGGCGGCAUAUAUUGGAUAAUCUUGCCUGCUGGAUAUCUGGGUUCAUCAUUUUGGGGAAUGGUCUUCAUACUGGCUUCCACAAAUCUCCUCACUACUAGAAUUGCAGCGGGUUGCUUCAUUCUUGCAUUAAUCGUUGUUCUUUUUGUUGCUAAAAAUUGGUUUCUUCGCUGGCUCUGCAUUGGUUUCAUCGUAUUCCUUGCUGUUGUUUGGGUCAUUCAAGAAUUCACAAAAUUCCAUAGUCUCAAGUAUGUAAUUUUAUUCAUAGGUGUGAUGAAUAGCUUGUUUUCAGUCUACGAUAUCUAUGAUGACUUGAUAUCACGAAGAGUUCAUUCAAGUGAUGCUGAGAAAUUUGCUGAAAUCUGCCCAUGUCCUUGCAAUGGUUGUGCAUGGGGUGUCAUAUGGGGCUUCAUCUCGUUUAUCUUUCUUUGCGCAUCAAUAUACCUUGGACUGGUUAUAUUGUCUUGAGGAUUCCAAUCUUCCAUAUACCAUUUUGAUAUGAGAACCAAGUCAAGCUGUGCUCUCCUGUAUUUGCAUUGCUCUGGAUGUUGGCUCCAGCUUGUAUUGAUCUCAUGUGUCAUGAGUUGUAGAAAGUUCAUACAAACGGCAAUCGAUUUAUGCCAAUUGGAGUUGAUGGGAUAGGGAUUAGUCAUUCGAUUCUUCCAUUUAGUGCUUCUGUAGAUAGCAUUCUGCUUAUAGUUCAUCUUCAUAGCUGAUUAGCUGUCAUUUUAGUACUAUCUCAUCUCUUGAAUUGUUACUAUUCAUCAACAUAUAGAAAUUUACUCGACAGUACAAUUCCUUUUGAGUUUGGACCAA